UUAAAACCCAUAAGAUUGUCCUUUCAUGCUCUUGUCAGUAUAUAUGUUUCAUACCAGUUUGGGACAACGUUGACAAUCCGACAGCAACAUAGCUACCAAACAUUCUACAUUAUUUAUUCUUCUUCAGCAGACUUCUAUGUUAGUAAUGGAUAAAGUGGUAUAACAAGAAGCUUCAUAAUUUAUACGCUUCGAAUAUCACCUUCAGAGGGAUUGAAUCGGGACAAUAUAGACGGGCAGGCAGAGUAGAAUUAAUAGACAAUGCAUUUACGUAGCUCCGAACCAAAAUUAAGGGCAUUAAUAGAACAUGUUUACAACAUUCUGUCCUCCUUGUUAAAAAUUACAGGUGUUUGUUGUAGUCUACUGACUAAUUUUUCUGCUCACAGGCCUAUAGUUAUUAUUUGAAACACCUUUUCAUGCCCCACGAACUAGAAGAAGAGACAAUUUUUACCUUCAUCCACAGCUGCCUAAUAUUUUACGGGUAAUCAGCCUUUUAACAAUAUUAAUAUGCAGUGUAGUGCAUGCAUUGUUGAUUCCCUUUUUCAGAAAUUAAUUCGUAUUUGCCCCUUGUCCUUGCCCGAUGUUCAUUCUUUAAAUUAUUCGAGUAAAGGAAGUACAUAACCUAAUGAAACCUUUAAACCUCUUUCUUUCCCUUGAAGAAUUUAUCGAAAUAUCCUCGUAAAAGGCGCUCUGUUAUUGCAUGAAAGAAAAUGUUCUGUAAUAAACGCCACUAAACGGAAUUUCUGGAAAACGCACAGCAUUUGAAUUCCUACAGUUCCCCACGUAAGACCGCACCCACGUGCUUGGAAUAUGUGAACUUCAGCCACAAAUACAAGGUAGAUAUAUAUCGAAAGUAACACAAUUUUCUAGCAUUAAAGUAUUACGAAAGCUGGUCAGGACACUCCGUACUGCGAAAAAAAAAUCUCGUCUAAAAACGCACCCAGUCGACUUAAGCAUUUUUUGAUUUACAUUGCAAGAAAUAAUAAUUAAGUUGUCUUACAUUAAUUAUUCUAAAAAAAAAAAAGUGAAAGGAUCUGCGGAUCCCGAAAAACAGAAGAGAAAGUCAACGCCGUACCACCUGCUGUCGUAGUGCAAUGGACUGAAAGAGAAAGAUCAAAUCAUGUUUCACCACAUGACAUUCCAAAUCCGUAUGAAAUCGGAAACAAUUACGACUGGAAAUUUUAUGCUUUGCAACUCACUCAAAAAGGUACACGCGUCUGCUAACAAAAUUCGGUGAAACAAAUUAACAUGAUUUUUGCAUGAAGAUGUUCAUCUUCUGGGAUGUUAGACCGCGAAAUCCGGUAGAUAUUUACCGACGUUUUAGAGGAAACUAUUGCCUCCAUCAUCAGGGUCGUUAUAUGAAUUUUUGUUGCAUCUUUUUCACACGUACAAUUUAGUAGAUUUAACAGUGGGACAAUGAUAUGUUUCGAACUUCAGCCAAUCACACUAAAACGCUUAAGAGUUCCAGCCACGUGCUGCUGUUACUCAAAUGCGCUUACGAACAUGACGCUUGCACUCUCUACAUUACGCCGAGGCAUCUGCUGUCUUAGGCUAGAUCCCAGACAACUUUCUGUUUCUAACAGGAACUUUCUUUACGCUGCUGUAUAAACGGGAGUGACAAAACAGUCUUAGCUUCAAUGUCUGAUGAGGUUCGCGUGUAUAAGUGCAUUUUGUGAAGGAUUCGCAAUGUACAGUGUAUGUGCAUAACGAAGGCGGUGUUCUUGUGGUUCACUGAUGUGGCAUAUUUAAAACUGUUCCUAGUUUUCUGCUGACGGAGACGCACUACGCAGCCGCAGGGACACCAGAACGGUCUCUUGUGAAAGAACCAUAACUUUCUCACAGUUUAACGGGGGCAGACCUCAUUUCGCCAGCGUCACUAGAAAUGUUCAUUAUGGCUCUUCCGCCUUCAAGUAACGACGUGGUGGAAUACGUUAGGGCUUCUGCUGGUGUCAACGAAACAAGGAUACAAGAAGCAGUGAAGAACCUCAAGGACUGGCUUAUGUUACAGCCACAUCUACCAUAUGAUGAUGAUGAAGGGAGACUGGAACGACGCUUUGUUUGGUGUAAGGCGAGCCUGGAAAGGACCAAAUCGGCCAUAGAUAUGUACUACACCUUACGGGCUGUUGUACCUGAGAUACUCUCCAACAGGGAUCCCUUCAGUCCCUGGUUCAGACAGAUCACAAGCGUUUCGUACUGUCUGCCACUUCCUACACUAACAGACGACUGUCACCGAGUUGUGGUGCUGGGGAACCUAGACCCAGAUGCCAGUAAAUAUAAUGUCCUCGAUGUCUUCAAACUCAUUUUCAUGGUAGGUGAUGUGAGAUUUUCUGAGGACUGCUGCGUGGCUGAUACCUACAUCGUGGAUAUGACCAACUUCGGAGUAGGUCACAUUGCCAAAAUCACCAUGCCGGCAGUCAAGAAGCUCGAAAUAUGUGCCAUAAAGGGUUAUAGUGCUAGAAUAAGGGCAAUCCACUACGUGAAUGUGCCGCGAUAUGCUGACGUGCUCAUCAACCUUGUGCGCAGCGUCAUGAAGCCCAAGAUCGCCUCUAGAAUGCAAGUUCAUACAAAAGGAAUGAACACUCUCCAUAAAGAAAUCGACAGAAAGAUUCUACCUGAAGAAUUUGGAGGUCAAGCUGGUUCUAUAAGCGACCUCUGGAAUGACUGGAAGGAGAAGCUGGAGACCUACCGUGAAUGGUUUCUGGAACAAGAUAAACUAAAAGCUGACGAGUCAAACACUUCUGACGUUUCUGAGAAUCACUUCCGUGAAUUGGAUAUAUAUAAGCAAGUUACUAGGUCGUUCUUCCAGGAUUUACCAACAAACAUGGAUUUACUUCUUUUGAGUAAAGAGACGAGAGAUCAAAUCCGAACCAGGGCCGAGAUAGACGAGGAGAGGAUAAAGGAGGCAGUGAAACUGUUGAAGAAAUGGCUGGAGUUACAACCACAUCUACCCAACGACUACGAUGAGACACGGAUGGAAACAUUGUUCUUCAGGUGCAAGGCUAGCAUCGAGAAGUGCAAGCAGACUAUUGACUUGUACUACAGCCUACGGACCGCCAUUCCAGAGAUAUACUGCAACCGAGAUCCGUCCAACCCAUGGUUCAAACUGGCUACAAGCGUCUGUUGUUUCAUACCACUGGAGCAGCUGACAGAAAAUUAUGACAGAGUGACAAUUAUAAAAUGUCUGGACGGGGAUCCAUCGAAUCACCACCCAUAUGACAUGCUCAAGUUGCUGUUCAUGAUUGUGGAAGUCCGAACUAUAGAAGAUUACAACAUGGCUGACAUCUUUAUUAUAGACAUGGACAACAUCACAGUGUCACACGUAGUCAAAUACACCCUUCCGGUUCUCAAGAAAAUUGAAGUCAGCGCCAUGAGAGGUUUUAAGGGUCGACUCAAAGGAUUGCACUUGAUCAACGCUCCUCCUGUCGUGGACUCAGCGGUGAAUGCAUUUAAGAGUAUCCUGAAGCCUCAAAUGGCCGAGAGGGUACACGUACAUAGAAAAGGUUCCGACAAGCUGCUAGAUUACGUAUCACCUAAGAUACUGCCCGAAGAAUACGGUGGAGAAGCUGGCUCGCUGCAUGACCUCUGGACUAUGUGGAAGCAAAAACUAGGAAACUACAGAGAAUGGUUCCUGGAACAAGAAAAUGUCAAAGUGGAUGAAUCUAAACGUCCUGGGGAAUCCUUCAACACCAGCGACCUCUUUGGAUUCGAAGGAUCUUUCAGACAACUUAACGUCGAUUAGCAAAAGACCAAUAUCAAGAUGUUCCAAAUUCGAAGCAGUGUUCAGAAGCAUGAAGGUGUAUGUGGAAAAGAUACACUGUCACUAUUACUAUUAAUAAAAUAUAAUAUUAACGUUAGUUAUAAAUAAAUAAAUAUUUCGUUUUGUAACUCUGAAUGAAAUAGGAUAAAGUAUGGGUGUUUAUGAAUGAAACAUUAUAAAAUAAUUAAAGUGUGCCGAUAUUAUAUUGUAGUCCAUACCUACAGAGACGAUCUUGAGACGUAGGAAAAAAUUUUCUCUCAAAUAUGGAGUUAAUAAAAGUAAAAUAUAAACCUUUACUAACUCCUUAAAAUUAGUCUCUCACAAUCGACGUAAUGAACACAAGUUCCUCUACGAACCUACAGAGUGUCAUAACCCAGAAAAUCUACCACAAGUGACAUAUUCAUACAUCAAACAAGAUGUCUUUGAUUGAUCGUACAGAACAGAAAAAUGUCAUUUUAAAGAUCUACACAGACGAUAAAGCAACAAUCAAUUAUGAGCUGUAAGAAUGUGAACAUUAUAAAAGUGAUAAUAUUGGGA